AUGCUGUUAGUCUCGAUUGCUACUGUGGCCGCGGUGGCUGCAUGCUUGAUCGUCGCUCUGACCUGGAAAUCUGUCGGUGUCAAACGAAAUGGCCGACCGGUAGUGUUGCUGCUUGGCGACUCACAUACGCAGAAGGGCACCGAUCCAGCGAAGCGGGGAUGGGUAUCGCUACUGCAGGACCAGUACGUGAUGACCUCGGACGUCGUAACCCGAGGACUUCCAGGGUACAAUACAAAGUGGUUUUACAAGUUCAUCGCACAAACGAUUGAGCAAGAAGUCCGGGAGGGCAUCUACAGUACCCCGGCUCUGAUCACAGUUUGGUUCGGCAGCAACGACGCCGCUCUGGCCAACGGAACUGCUUCUAGAACCCACGUUCCGAUCGAAGACUUUAAGAAGAAUUUGAAAAAGAUCGUCAAAAAGUUCCAAUCAGCAGCCCCAGAGGCGGAAAUUUUGGUGAUCACCCCACCGCACGUCAACGACGCUGUGAGAGCCGGGUUCUCCUCAUGGAAAAGCGGAACGAUUGACCGCACAAACGAUAUGGCGACGGAAUAUGCUCGUGCCUGUGUGGAGGUGACCGAGGAAAUCAAUGUUCAGGUAUUGGACUUGAACGCGUUCUUCAACGCGAUGCCGGAGACGACCCGAAACGGACUACUCGACGCUGAUGGACUUCAUUUGAAUACAAUGGGCAAUAUUUUAGUGUAUGGCUCAAGAUUGCCAACCAGUUCCCUACUCUAG